AAAAAUUAAUACGAAAUUAAUUAAUAAAAUAAAUAUAUGAUUAAGUACAUGUUAAUAUCUUUGCAAUUGCAAUGAAGUCACAAUUCAUUUGCUUAGGCGUUUGAAAUUGCCGCGAAAAAAUACGCGGAAAAAUAUAAUAGAGUCCAUAAAAAUAUAUAGUAAGAAGUUUGAAAAAUAUUAGUACCUAAUAAUUACAAUAUUUGUAACUAUAAAUAUCCUGAAAUAAAUUAUAAUUAUGAAUUCUGAAUUUCCUGAUCCCAAUGAAGAAUUUGAUUUAGUUCAUGAGGAAGAAUAUGAAAUUUUGAAAGAAAUUGAAGAAUUUGAAAAGAAAAAGGACACAGAGUCUGGAAAAAUUGAGAAUUCACAAGAAGAACAGAAAAGAGACAAAUUAAAUAUUUCCAGACCAAAUGUAUAUGAGGAAUUAAAUGCUUUUACAUCUAAUAAAUACAAUAAAUUAUGUAUUCCUAGUACUAGCAAAGUUAUUCCUAGUACUAACAAUGAUAAUUGUGAUACAGAUGUUACAAAAAAAAGACAUUAUGAUGAACUUUUUGGGGAUAUUUCAGAUAUGUUAGAUACAAAUGAUCUUGCUGAUAUUCAGGAACCAAAAGAUAAGAAACCACGAUGGGAUGAACCUCAAGAAAUUAUUAAAGCAGUAUUAGAUGCAAGGGAAAAGUUUAAUGAAUAUAGUAGAGGAGUUUCUGUUAACAGCAAAUAUAUUAAAGACAAAAGAGAGUCAAUUUCAUUGCGAGUUCCACAUUGGAAUUUCGUAGCUCUGACUAGGCCACGUGAUGCACAACGUAUUUAUUUAAGAGUAAAAAAUGAUGAACAGAGUAAAAUAAAAACAAAUACACAUUCAAUUUCUAAUUUAUUGUCAGUGCCAUAUAGUCAACUUAAAACUGAGGCUGAAGAAAUUAUAGUACAGAAUGUUAAACGUGCUAGUUGUGAAACUUCCCACCUUCCUGUUACAAAAACACUUGAAGAUGAUGAACUAUGGGUUGAUAAAUAUAGACCUAGAUCUUAUAUAGAGUUACUUUCAGAUGAAAGUGUGAAUAGACAAUUAUUGCAUUGGAUAAAACUUUGGGAUAAAACAGUAUUUAACCGAAAUUAUAUUGAUAAUAAGAAACAGAAAUUAAAUUUUAAAUUUAGAAACAGAAAGUUUGCAGAAAAACCUUUUCAAGAAUUAGAUAGUAAAGGUUUUCCAAUUCAGAGGAUUGCGCUACUUAGUGGACCACCUGGAUUAGGAAAAACUACACUAGCACAUUUAGUAGCUAAACAUGCUGGUUAUAAUGUAGUAGAAAUUAAUGCAAGUGAUGAAAGAAGUCCAGAUGCAUUUAGACAAGUCCUCCUUGCAUCAACACAAAUGAAAGCGGUAAUAGGAAACGAUCCUCGGCCUAAUUGUUUGGUUUUAGAUGAAAUUGAUGGAGCUCCAACUGCAUCAAUCGAUUUACUUCUAAAAUUUGUGCAAGGUAAAUUAAUUCCAAAAGGAAAGAAAGAUAAAACAAAAACUGAUAAACAUGUUUGUCAUCGCCCUGUAAUAUGCAUUUGUAAUGAACUAUAUACUCCUUCCUUAAGAGCUUUGAGAGUAACUGCUUUUAUUAUAUCAGUGCCGGAAGUAAGUGCUACUAAACUAGCAGAUAGAUUAAUGGAAGUAUCACGAAAGGAAAAACUAAAAGUAAAUUCCGAUGCACUUUUACGAUUAGUAGAAAUAUCUGGUUGUGACAUUAGAUCAUGUAUAGGAGCAUUACAAUAUAUGGGUGGCGUUAAUUUAGGAGAUAAUUUAUCUUUUGCGUUAAAAGAUAGUAGGAAAGGAUUGUUUGACUCGUGGAAACAAAUAUUAAAAAUACCUGUGAAUAGAAAUGGUAUACUUCCUCUUUCAGAAAGAGUGCAGCUUGUAUUAAGGACUGUGCAAAAUGGGGAAUCGGAAAAAUUAGCUCAAGGCAUAUUCCAUAAUUAUCCAGAAAUAUGUAGUGAUAAAAUGAAUUAUGUAGCACUAUGUCUAAAAUGGUUUCAAUUUUUUGAUGAAAUUUUAUUUCUUGUUGGAAGCCUUCAAACUUGGUCUGUUAUGCCUUAUCUAAAUUAUGCAUUCGUUUUCUGGCAUUUAUAUUUUGCAAAAGCAAGAAAUAUCAAAUUAUCUUAUCCUUCUAUUGUGUAUGAAAUGAAUCAGAAACAUGCAAAGAAUAUUGGUAUUCUAACUACUGUUCAACGAAAUAGUGGUCAUAAUAAAAUAAUUUUAACGGUUGAUAUUGCUCCAUUUCUCCCGGAUUUACUAUCUCCACAAUUACGGACAGUUUCUGGACAUUUACACUCGGAUAAAGAAAAGAAUGAUAUUAAUAGAUUAGUAAAUGUUUUAAUUGAUUUUGGCCUCACAUUCAUUCAAGAAAAAAAUUUUGAUGAAAGAUAUGACUAUAAACUAGAUCCUAAUAUAUUUGAAAUAGGCAUUUUUCCGGAUUGUAAGUAUCGUCGAACACUCAUAUAUGCAGUGAAGCAAAUAAUUGUCCAAGAGUUAGAGGCUGAACGAUUACGACGAGUUGAAAAUGCAAUAAAAAGUAUGACAAAAUCUGCUCAAAAUAAAAAAAGUAUCACAAGUGAAAGUAUCACCAAUCAUAAUGUUACAACCAAUUCAGCAACAUCAGAUGCCAAGAUAUGCAAUAAUGCAACUAGCAAACCUAAUGCUCUAGAACAAUCUAAAAAAUUGCAAAUGGAAACAAAAGAUAUAAAAUAUAAGGAUUUCUUUGGAAGAACUAUUACGGUCAAUCAAGGUGAACAAAAAAAAUUGGAUAAGGAAUCAAUCAAGUCGAGAAACUUUUUAACAAAAAAUAGUGUAUGGUAUAAAUAUAAAGAAGGUUUUAGCAAUGCAGUCCGCCGAAAUGUUAAAAUGAAAGAUCUUCUUUAAAUAGUAAUAUAUUUCAUAUAUUUUAGCAUAAUACAUUUUUAUUACAUAUUUUUACAAUUGUACAUAUCU